AAUAAAUAAAUAAGUAAAUAAAAUGAUGUUCUUUGUUGUCCCAGCAGGGUGGUUGCUUUAAGCAUGUGGAUGUUGUUUCCAAUGGAAGCUUCAUCCAACCCAGGACCAUGGAGGGUGUCACUUCCUUUGACCUGGAUGAGAGACUUUGAUCUGUGGUCUUUGCAUGUACCUGGUGGCACAGAAUAGGUACUGAGUAAAUAUUUAAUGGACAUGGGAAUGAAUGCAUCAAUAAUGAGCUGAACCUCAAAGGGCUCAUUUACUUAAAAAAACCUGUACAAAUGUAAGUUAUCAUUAGCUCGCUGGUUAAUGAUGCAGUAGAAUUUCUGAGAUUUUUUAUUUUCAGUGUUUUCAAAACAACUAACCCUGCUGCUAUGCUCUAAUAGCCAUACUCCAGCCCACUUAGCAUUCAGUGGUCUGCACAUCAAAGUCGCAUACAGAGACUGGCCUGUGGCCUGUGACCUAGUGGUUAAGGGAACCAGAUCCCACAUGGGCUACUGCACAGUGAAGGUCCCGGACUCAGCAGCUUGAAAACACACUGGGUGCAUAUGUUCGUGUGCUCAAAAUCCUGCCAGGAGGGAGAGGUGAAGGAGCAGCAGUUGUGGUGUGACCGCAUCCCACGGUGGAGCGCGCUCCCUGCGCACACCCCCAUCUCUCUAUCUCUGAAAUGAGCACUCAUUCGUCAUUCAGUCAUCUGACAUGUAAGAAUGCUAUUGCAAAAGCAACUCAGCUUCAUUUGGGCCCAGUGGGGUAUAAAAAAGAAGCCUACUGCCCUCUGUCUUUAAGCAGCCUGCAGCAGAGCUGGAGAGACAAGACUUGGACUCACUGAGAGGGACACAUGGAAGCCUCCUGCCCACCAGCCGGGGAUCAGCUGAACCCUGGGGUUGAUGCUUGCCUGCAUUGCUGAGAAUGGCACUUAGGCCCAGACUGGCACCAGGACAAAGGUUAACCCGGGACACUCCUGGACAGCGAUCCUGAUGUCUGUUCUGAGCUGUGCACUCAAGAGUGUGAUAACCAGCCGCAGUCUGCGCCAUGGCCUCCGCCGAGCCGCUGACGGCGCUGUCGCGCUGGUACCUGUAUGCCAUCCACGGCUACUUCUGCGAGGUGAUGUUCACGGCGGCCUGGGAGUUCGUGCUGAACUUUAACUGGAAGUUCCCGGGGGUCACGAGCGUGUGGGCGCUCUUCAUCUACGGCACCUCCAUCCUCAUCGUGGAGCGCAUGUACCUGCGGCUGCGCGGCCGCUGCCCGCUGCUCGUGCGCUGCCUCAUCUACACGCUCUGGACCUACCUGUGGGAGUUCACCACCGGCUUCAUCCUGCGCCAGUUCAACGCCUGCCCCUGGGACUACUCCCAGUUCGACUUUGACUUCAUGGGCCUCAUCACCCUGGAGUACGCAGUGCCCUGGUUCUGCGGGGCGCUCAUCAUGGAGCAGUUCAUCAUCCGCAACACCCUCCGCCUGCGCUUCGACAAGGACGCCGAGCCCGGGGAGCCUGGAGGGGCCCUGGCCCUGGCCAAUGGCCACGUGAAGACUGACUGAGCUGGGGUAUGGGAGGGGGUGCGGGGGUCUCUCGUGGAACCCGUGGACAAAGAGACCAAGCUGGUGGGGUUGCCCCUUCCGCACAGCACAAGCCCUGCCCCGCUGGGCCUCAGCCCAGGAGAGCACACACAGCCUGGUACCCCGCAGUUGGGGCCGGUGCUGGGAGGCGAGUGUGGAGGCAGCCAGGGGACAUUGGGAAGGGCCCCUGGUUCUUGGCCUAGUUAAGAGGCCGGCCGUGGCUGAGCAGCGAGUGACUACAUGGAUGACCUUGGAAGCAGCAGUCUCUGUCCCAGCCAAGGGCCACCGAGAAUGCGCAGCAGGUGGGAGGCAGGGCCUGAGGGGGUCUGGGGCCGCUGCUGCCGCCACCUCCCCCUCUCACCUGGAUUUAGUCGGGCUUCGCUGGUUCCAUUAGGCAAUAUUCAGGUGCUUGCUUGCAACCAAUACCUCCCCGGGGCCGGCUGAGCUGCAGCCCAAGAAACUGGGCAGCCAGGAGGCUGCUUGGUAGCAGUGUUGGUCUGCAGGGCUGGGAAACCUUCCCUUGGCUCCUCUCCCCUCCCCCAGGGCCCCACGCUGCUCCCUUGGCCUUCUGGGGGGCCCCCAGUGGUGCUGGAUUCCCACCAACCUUGGGCUUUUGGAGGUUUCAAUCCCCGUGUGUUGGUUGGCGUUUCCCCCUUUCUCUCUUAUUUUCAAUGCCUUUACCACUAGCCCCCCUUUUAUCCAUGUCAAGUCACCCCACCUCCCCCAUCCCUAUCCCCAACUCCCUAGCCAAAACAGCAGCUGCCAGAAAUAGAAGCCUAAGUCAGGCACCAGGCCGUCCUCAGCCUUCCCUCCCUCCCACACUGUUCCUACUGGCCUGACCACUGGGGAGGCCCUGAGGUCUGGUGGACCUGGUGGUGCCUCUGUGCAGGGGCCCAUCUGGAGAUGAAUUUAACUUCCCAGUGCAGUCAGAUGAAGAUGGGUCCCUGCAGAUCCACAGUGGGGACCUAGAGGCAAGUUAGUUCAGCCAGGGAAAGGGACAGUUCUAGGUCUUCUAUGCCCUAGCUAGUGCAUUUUCUUCUGUGGGGUGGAAGAGAAGGUGUCCCACAGAAGCUGAGCAAGGAGGACCUUUCAGACUUGGAAGGCUCUUUGGAGCAUCCAGGAGGGGAGCAUUUCUGGUUCUGCCAUAGCCUCAGCCCUGUAGCAAACCUUCGCAGGGCUGCCCCUCUCUCCCACCCCUCCCAGCGUGGCUGAUCCUUUGAGCUUACUCCUUAAACAGUAUUAACCCUGCCAUCUUCAUGGGUAUUGUCAUCUUGGUGGCCCCUCCCUAUGACAGGUCCAUUGCUGGCAGUGGACAGAUGAAAUACUCAGUCCAGCCCACUUCUGGCUCUGCCUCUGCCUCACCCCUCAGGUGAGGGGACCAUCAGAAAGUGACCCAUUGUGGUACAUGGUCUCUUCUGGACCACAUUAGGACUCUUAGGAAAUUAGCCUUGCCCUCUACGAAUCAUUAAAACGUGACAAUACCACCUGCAGAGAGAAUCUCUUCCCUUGCUUACUGCCUCACCUAGCUGUGCAGGCAGGACCAGCCAGGGUGCAGGCCCGAAUGGGCAGGGGUGGGUGGCCAACAGUGAUGUCCUGGUCAGGAGAAAGAUUUGGAGGUUCUGCCUUUGGCAGGAUUUUUGUGCAAUUGGCCCUGUCCAGAGCAGGGUGCAGGGCAUUUCCUGGGCAGGCUCUUCAGAUCCAGGGAUGAACUACAUUCUGUGGGGGCCAACCCUACCACUGAUUUUAUUGUGGCCUCAAUUCCAGGGCUUUGGGCAUUACAGAAGCCAGGCUCCCAGCGGGGAUAGAUUGCCUUCCAUCUGCAGGUGGAGAGGGUUCCAGGUGGAGAAUUGUCUGGCUUUCCUGUUCCCUUUAGGCAAUCAUUUCCUUGGUCCCUUACCCCAGCACCAUGUCAUUUCAGUCUGUCCCCAGCAGCUCUCCAGGCCCUCCCACAGGCCUAGACCACACCACCCACCUUCACACUCCCUUUCCACAGCUGAGUCCAGCGGCCAGCCUGCUGAUGUCUCCCAGCAGAAGGCCUCCGUAAUUGUAAGCCUGAGCCAGGUCUCGCCACUCCAGUUGCCUUGUGGGCAUUCCCUGGCACCAUUUCCUCCCCGGGCCCUGUGAACUCCCAAGGGCAGGAGGCUCUGGAGCAAACGUGUGUGCCUGGCAAUGUGUGGUAUUCUGGUUCUGCUUCCUCUAGGUGCCCUGCUACUCCUGUUACUUCAGAGGGCACAGAGGCCCCGAUGGAGGUGACCACCCGUGGCCUGACCACGGGAUCUGCAGGUUCAGAUCUCACCAGGGGUAGCCCAGAUAUCAACUCAUUUUGGGGGGAUUUAUUUAGGGCCUCCAUUUCAUAGUGACCAGGGACCCAAGCUUUGGAGUUAUCGCAGCCCUAUGUGCAGAGGGCUGGUAGGGAGGGUCUGUUGGCUGUUUAUAAAUGUCUCGUGCCCUGGGCCUCUCUCCACCGGACAUGGCAGCCAUCUCUGAGUUACAGAUCUUAAUGUGCUGCCCUGCAUGGUUGAGCCGCUUCUGAAGUCUGCUUGGUAUCCAGUCCCUCUCCGAUGCCAGUGAGUCAAAAUGGCCUAUGCUUAUUCAUAGCAAUAAUACCUAGGGAAUGCCCGUGAAGCCCUUCUGUCCUGGUCCCUUGCUCUGCAUGGGCCUCCUGGUGAGGCAGCCGCUGAGUGGGCGAGUUCAUGAGAACCUGCAUUUACGAACCCCUGGGCUGUGCAGACACUGUCAUCAGAGGAUGCAGAGAGGUGAGAGGACCAGCCCUCACCCCAAGGAGCUGUGGCUAAGGCAGGAGAGUGCCUUCCACCCUGAGGCCACCCCAGACCUGGAGGAGCUGCAGCCCCCAGCUCUGUGAAUGGGCCUUUGAAGUGGGUGGGACCGUCUCCCAGCUGGGUGGCUCCUGAGAAAGACAUACGUCUGGCUUGUGCUCCCAUUGCCUGCUCCGUGUCUCCAUGGGUCUCUGUCUCUUCCUUCUCAUCUUUGUGCACAUAUAAAAUAUACUGGUGUUUGUGUUCCAGGACUGA